GUAGUGGCGUUUGCUACGUCGUAGCGGUUGCUACGAGUUUGAGCGCGCUUCAGUGAACACGUGUAUUAACAGAUUUAUUAAUAUCGUAAUAAAUACAAAGGAAAAUUAAUUUUGUUGUGAAGUGUAUAUAUAUAUAUAUUAAUAGUGUAAAAGGAUUUUACUUUUAAUUAACUUUGUUAUUUUAGAACAUUGUGUCACUUCACUUGAGGCUUAUUGUUAAUUCUAUUGUUUGUGAAAUAAAGUGUAUUUGAAUAAUGUUUAGAGUAGAUAUAAAUAAAAAAAUAAUGUUCACUCCUCUAUGGUUCGUGAGCAUAAUAGCUCUCUUGAUAGUGGAUGUGAGGACUGGUUCUUUACAACAAAAAGGCGAGAAGGCCCAACGGUGCUACUUCUGCCCUUAUACUAACAACACAUGUGACCAUUUCUGGCACCUGCAGAUUGAAAACUGCUCAGGAAAUACUCCGUACUGUGCCACUGUCGCCUUUUCACCAAAUUUUACAUCGUUCCUUCAAUGUGCUGCUCCAGCGGAGGUGCCGUGUACGUUAACGUAUUCGGCGGAAAAAUAUGAACUGAAAUGCAUCUGUGCUGGACACCUGUGCAAUGCACCGUUUUCGUUAAAGUUAUUAAAUGAUUUACAUAAUUUCUCGACUUCAAAUGUACCCAAGAACACUACUGCUGAUUUUACAGAUAGUUUCUUUAAAAGAUAUUCGACCACUAAUAUUACUGAUAAGAAUAUUUAUAAACUAAUAACAAUUGAACUGACUCAAAUAACCGAAGUAACGGAACAUUCUUCCCAAAAUGUGUCGCAGAUAACGACUGUUAGUACUGUGACGACCAUGCACACUGUUACGCAUUCAAACGAAAUAGACAUUCCUCGGGCUGAAGCUCGGAAGCAGGAAGCUGCAGCGCCUUCCGAUGACGACGAAGACGAGAGCGAAGGCAGUGGAUCCUACGAUGAAACGAAGUCUCAAAGACAUCCACCGUCGGCACCCGCAGCACCUAGUUCCUUCUUGCCAGCCAACGAAAAUAGAUCAUCUGCUCUUUACACCAAGCUUUUUCUAACGACAUCAAUCUUUGUUUUCUUUAUAGUGUAGAUAGAUUUUAGGUAUAUAUAAAAAUAGUGUAUAGAGUAUUUACUACUAUUACUACUAUAAGCGGAGACAGCUAAAUCGAAGAAUGUUUUGUUGCGAGGAUUAAAACAAAUCCGAAAUUUUCUAAAUUUUUCAUAUUCAUCAUUAGGCCAUUUAGAUACGUGUAUAAUUAUAAUUUGCUUCAUGCUUCGGCGGAUUACAUAAAGUUGUCACACGGCAAGCCACGUCAGUGAUCUUUUUGUACAAAGAAGGCAGCCUAGAACCUCUUGACAUUGAAACCUUUACACACAAGUAGUAAUAGUAGAGUAUUUCAAAUUAUGUAUUAAGUACAAUAACUUAAAAUAAUAAUUUAUAAUUUAAUUAAAAGACCCAGAGAAUUUAAUUCGAUAAAAUUGGUAGUGUUUACCUUUUGGGAACAAAUAUAUAGGUACAUUUUGUAAUUCCUUCUUAGAUACAUUACACAAGGUUUUAAGCCUAUGUAAAAAAAUACUUCUGAGUCUAUAAUUGGAACGAUAUAGUGUUUCUUUAAUUACGAAUAAUAUAGAACUUAAACAGCUAGGUAAUAAAUUCAGAGAAACGUACUUAGAAAAAGUGCAUGUAUAAACUUAAGUAUCAAAUCUCCAAAUAAAUAAAAGUGGAUGGUUUAUUUGUGACUAAGAUAUACUUUAUUUAUGAAGUAUAUAGAAAUUCACCGGUAUGACCGAAUUAUUAAAUUAACAGGAAUUUGUGAACUAAUUAUUACGAAUUGUGAUACUGUAAUUACGUGCCAAAAUGUCGUUUUAAAUAACGACGUGUACCAUAUACAAAUAUUUGAUUGAAUAAUUUAGUAUUCCAAAAGUAUAAAAAACCAAUUUACAUGCAAUAAUUACCAGCAUUUAUUUAUUGAUAACUAGAUGAGCAAAACAUGUAUAAUUUUUUUUUUGUUAAAAUUAGUUUUAUUAUUUUUUAUUAUUUUAAUAAACUAAACAAUAUUCAUAUGUGCAGUUUUUUUUUAAAUUAUUAUAAAAAUAUGAGUAGUAUUAUACCUAUUCUUAUUCACCCUAUGUAAUGAAAUAAUUAUGUAAAUGACAUCGAAUAUUAAUUAUAAAGUUAUAUAAAUAGUAAUAUUUUAAUAAAAACAUAAAUUAAUUGUUUUCUCAAUGAAACUGCCAAACGUAAAUACGAGUAGUAUUUUCUUCAUUAAAUUGCUAUACAGAUUUAAAUACCAUAGAUAUAUAUUAUUAUAAAGAAUUCACACAUUUCGCUAAGAGCAAUCACUAAAUAAAAUUUUCCUAAAUGAAUACGAAAAAAUACGCAAAUGAAUUGAUUUUCUUGAAAUACAUUAUAGAUAGCACAUAUACGUAUUAUGCAUAAAUUCAUCUUAUUAAAGAAAUACCUUCAUAUCGCACCACGUAAUGUCUUCAUAACGAUCUUUUAGAUAUAGUGUCAAUUAUGUAAUUUCAACGUUAUCAGUAUGAUUAAGUUGUUUAAGGAAAGUUGUUGUGAUUUAUGAAAUAAAGUACUGUGACAUUUCA